AUGGACACCGAAGAGGUGGCCCGGUUGCGUUUGGAGAAGUCCCUCACCUUGCACCGCGCCAAGAUCGAGGUGCUGCGUCAGCUGGAGUUGAAGCUCGAUGCGCGGAUCACGAGGCUUUCGGAGCUGUCCACGGCGGCGAAGACGCUGAUUGAGUCGAUGAUGACCAACCCCUUCCAACUGGAGGUGGAGAUCCCGCAGAUUCACAGCAUUGCUCCAGCCGUGGAGCCCUUGCAGCCCGUGCAACCUGCGCCUACCCUACCGGAACUGGAAUCGCAAAGCGACGAGGGAAGGAAGGGAUCCAAAAGCCCAGGUGGCUGCAAACGUUCGGUCUCUUGGGUCAGCGAACCACUGCACGAAGAGGUGACUUUGAACAACAAGGAUACGCCAAAAAUCCCGGUGCAUGGACAUUGGGUGCCCCAAGAUGUGCUGGAGCGCCGAGCAUCUUUUCAAGGCGAAACUGCCCAAAAACUGGGCGGCAGACAGCUGGAGCUUCAAACGAGUUCCGGAGCGGUGCCAUGUUUGCUCGUGGAGCCCAUGGGGAAACUCAUCAACCAG